GGGGCGUGGCCGGGGCGGUGCGAGCGCCGGCUGUAGCCGCGACGUGUCUUUCCGCUGCGGGGGUCGGGCUUGCCGCCGCCUAGCCAUGGCCGCGUCUGAGGCGAGCGGCGUCGAGACGCUGCGGCGCCGCGUGCGGGAGCUGGAGGAGGAGCUGCGCGCGCUGCGGGCGGGGGCCGGGCCGGGCCCGCGGGCGCGGAUCGAGCGCAUGAGCCCGGAAGUCACCGACUCCAACCCCUACAGUCGCCUGAUGGCAUUAAAACGAAUGGGAAUUGUGAAAGAUUAUGAGAAAAUCCGUACCUUUACAGUAGCAGUAGCAGGUGUUGGUGGAGUUGGCAGUGUCACUGCCGAAAUGCUGACAAGAUGUGGCAUUGGUAAGCUGCUACUGUUCGAUUACGACAAGGUAGAGUUGGCAAAUAUGAACAGACUCUUCUUUCAGCCCCAUCAAGCUGGACUAAGCAAAGUACAGGCAGCAGAGUAUACUUUGAAGAAUAUUAAUCCUGAUGUGCAAUUUGAAGUACAUAACUACAAUAUUACAACAGUAGACAACUUUCAACAUUUCAUGGAUAGAAUAAGUAACGGUGGGCUAGAAGAAGGGAAACCUGUUGAUCUUGUACUGAGCUGUGUGGAUAACUUUGAAGCUCGCAUGGCAAUUAACACAGCCUGCAAUGAACUUGGACAAAUAUGGAUGGAAUCUGGAGUGAGUGAAAAUGCAGUCUCUGGGCAUAUUCAACUCCUCAUCCCUGGUGAAACUGCUUGUUUUGCGUGUGCACCACCACUUGUCGUUGCUGCAAAUAUUGAUGAGAAAACAUUAAAACGAGAAGGCGUCUGUGCUGCCAGUCUUCCUACCACAAUGGGAGUUGUUGCUGGGAUUCUUGUACAAAAUGUUCUGAAGUAUCUACUAAAUUUUGGUACUGUGAGUUACUAUCUUGGUUACAAUGCAAUGCAGGAUUUCUUUCCCACUAUGGCAAUGAAGCCAAACCCACAGUGCAGCGACAAAAAUUGCAGGAAACAGCAGGAAAUAUAUAAGAAAAAAGAAGCUGCACAACCAAAACAAGUAGUAAUUGAACAGGAAGAAGAAAUAGUACAUGAAGACAAUGACUGGGGCAUUGAGUUGGUAUCAGAGGUUUCAGAAGAGGAACUGCAAGCUGCUUCUGGUCCAAUCCCCAAUCUUCCAGAGGGAAUUACUGUAGCAUAUACCAUACCUAGUAAGGAAGAGAAUGCUGCAGCUGAGGAAAUGAUGGCAGAAUCUGAGGAAAGCCUAGAAGAACUCAUGGCCAAAAUGAAGAACAUAUAGAUAAAAGGAAUAUCAAAUUGGAUGUUUUGGACCAUGUGAGAGAUCAAGAAAUAUUGCAAGAUAUAUUUGAGGAAAUUAAACUCCUAUGAGAAGUUUUAAAACUUGAAUUUAUGGUAAAAGUGCUGUCUUACUGACAAAGAUAACGCUAUCUCAGUUUUCUAUAUUUACAUUCUACUGCCUACUUGCGUUUGAUGUUAAAAGUUGUACUCUUAUUAGCUGUACAGGGCUGUACACAUGUACAGGGCUUUUGUCUUUAGCAUCAAGUAUGUGCCCAGUUCUCACUCUUAAAGCUAAUUUGCAGCAAGAUUCUUAACUGUAUCUGCCAAAAGGAAAUGGGAAUGAUUUGGUCAGCAUUCAGCUGCUACCCACCUGGCUGACACCUUUAUACAGGCCAAAUAUUAAGUUAUAUCACAUAUACAGUUUUAUGAAGUAACUGAUUAAUACACAACAAAUGACUCAUUAUUUAUUCAGUAUACAUAAGAGGUAAAUGUAUUAACAGAAACAGUUUUAUUUGCCUCUUUCAAAUUGCAAAGAUAUUAGGUAGGAUCAUAAUGUUUAAAAGACAUUUUGAAGGGAAUUGCAUACCAGUAUUUAAAACUAAUUAAAAUCUAGAAAUGUCUUUGAUUCUAUUUUGAUGUGCAGUGGAACUUUUUUUUUUAACCUUUGCAAUUUCUUUAAAAAAAUUAAUGUACUAGUAUAGUAGAAUCACACACUUCCAUUAAGUGGGAAGAUUUUAAUGGACAUUUCAGAUUUUUUUUCUCUCCCCCCUGGCAACUUAAUAUGUUGGACAAAGUAAGAAUAUACAGAUUUUAGUCUUAUUUUAUUCAUUUAUUUAAGGUACAAAAUAUAAUAUCAAGUGCUACAAUUUUAACAGUAAAUCUGAGAAAUGAGAUCUUGCUAUAGAACUGUCCUAUUAAAUUAGCGCUGAUACACUGAGAUCAUCUGUGUUGAUGUGGAGCUCUCCAGCACACAAGUGUUACAAUAUUUAAUAAAUUACAUUAAUUUUGGUUCUCAUCUGA